UUAAUCAGAGAAAAAAAAGGAAAUAAGUGCGAUCGAAGAUGAAGAUUUUCAUCAAAGCUCUCAAAGGCACUCACUUCGAUAUAGAAGUCAAACCCGAAGAUGCGGUAGGUAAUGUCAAAAAGAAAAUAGAAACUGUUCAAGGAGCACAAGUGUAUCCUGCUGCACAACAAAUGCUUAUCCAUAAGGGCAAAGUUCUUAAAGAUGAGACGACACUGUCUGAGAAUAGUGCUGAAAAUAGCUUUAUAGUGAUCAUGUUGGCAAAGAAUAAGGGUUCAUCUGGUGAUUGUGCAACUGGUUCAACAACUCCAACAACUAAAGCAAGUGUACCGCCAGUGGCUCCAGAACCAGCUUCUACCGCUCCACUUGCAAUUUCAGCUAUGGUUACACCUGCACCUGUAGCUGAAUCUAGUCCAGUUGCUUCAACUACUAUAGCGUUAGAAUCUGAUGUUUAUGGACAAGCGGCAUCAAAUCUGGUUGCAGGAAGUAACUUAGAAGGAGCAGUCCAGCAGAUUCUUGAUAUGGGCGGAGGGACUUGGGAUAGGGAUACUUUUGUCUGCGCCCUUCGUGCUGCUUAUAAUAACCCCGAGAGAGCUGUGGAAUAUUUGUAUUCUGGUAUCCCUGAGCAAGCUGAAGCUCCUGCUGUGGCUCGUGCCCCUGUAGCUGGGCAAACAACUAACCCAGCAUCACAACCUCAACAGCCGCCUCAAGCGACAGCUGUUCGUACAAGUGGACCCAAUGCAAAUCCUGUAGACCUCUUUCCCCAGGGCCUUCCCAACACACUUGAUUUUUUGCGCAACAGUCAACAGUUCCAAGCUUUGCGAGCAAUUGUGCAGGCUAACCCACAAAUAUUGCAGCCUAUGCUUCAAGAGUUGGGGAAACAGAAUCCUCAUCUAAUGAGACUUAUUCAAGAGCAUCAGGCUGACUUUUUUCGCCUGAUUAACGAGCCUUCUGAAGGUGGAGAGGGGAACUUAUUGGGGCAAUUAGCCGAGGAAAUGCCACAAGCUGUUCAAGUCACACCCGUGGAGCGUGAUGCCAUAGAACGGCUAGAAUCAAUGGGGUUUGAUAGAGCAACAGUGCUUCAAGUGUUUUUUUGCCUGCAACAAGGAUGAGGAACUGGCAGCCAACUACCUUUUAGAUCAUAUGCAUGAUUUUCUGGAUUGAUUUGGUAAA